AUGAAGAUUCAAUCCUUUGGCCUACUUUCUCUUCUUGUCGUCGUCUCUUGGACUUCGAAUGGUUCUGCAUUCGUUCCAAGAUCUAUCACGACAAGAUCUAGCACCUCUUCUUUUGCCCUCUCGGCUGCGGCUACAAGUGAUCUUCCGGCUGUUCGAUCGGCCAUUGCCGAUCUCGUCAAGGAGAAGAACUGCGGUCCCAUUCUGAUUCGAUUGGCUUGGCACGAUGCUGGAACUUAUUCGAAAGAGGACAACUCGGGUGGUCCUCGCGGUGUCAUGCGAUUGGAGGGCGACAAAUGUGAGGCUGAUUUUGGUGCCAACGCUGGCCUUGCAGUAGCACGUGACUUGAUUCAAAUUAUCAAGGACGAUCUGGCUGCUGACAUGUCGACUGCUGACUUUUGGGCCUUGGCUUCCAUUGUGGCCAUUGAAGAGAUGGGUGGACCCAAGAUUAAAUUCCGCAUGGGCCGCAAGGACGCCAAAGAAGUUAGCGAGUCUGUCCCCGAAGGUCGUCACCCUGAUGGCGACAAGGGAUCGGAUCACUUGCGCGAAGUCUUUGGCCGAAUGGGAUUGACCGACCAAGACAUUGUCAUUUUGAGUGGAGCUCACACUGUCGGAUCUUGUCAUUUGGAUCGCAGUGGAUUUGAUGGUCCCUGGACCGAACAACCAUACCAGUUUGACAAUUCUUACUAUAAGGAUAUGCUCAAUAAGCAGUGGAAGGAAACAGAAACUAGUGCAGGAAACCCUCAGUACAAUUCUGAUUCCGGUACCAUGAUGUUGAUUAGUGAUUUGGCUUUGAUGAAAGACGACAAGUUCCGAGUCUACGUUGACAAGUAUGCUCAAGACCAAGACGCCUUCUUUGCCGACUUUGCUGAAUCCUACCAAAAGUUGUUGGAGCUAGGAUGCAAGGACCUCCAAGACGCUUAG